AUCAUGUACUGUCAAACUUCCAGUCGCAUAUAACAUACAGCAACAUUAAAACCGGUAGUAUCUAGUAUUAUUUAUAUCCAUCUUUAUUGUCUUUUAACAUUUCUUAAUGUUAAUCGGAUAACAUGAUACGUUUAUGUUACAAAUAUCUCCCUUAAAAACAUCUGUUCAUUUGAAUGUCAGGCUAAUUGAGUAAAAGGUGAGGACAAAAAAAUCAAUUUCCACAUUCACUAUUCAUGAUAAGCAUAUUGAAUAUAUCAUAAUGGGAAAAAUUAAAGUAAAAGUUGAUGUGGAUUAUUCAAUUAUUAAGGAACUAUGAAGAAAUAAUAUGAAUAGUUGUGUAUGAGCAAAAACCAUAAUUAUGUUGAUAAACAAUAUUGAAAUUUGUUCAUAUGAUUAAUAGUUAAAAAUCUAAUAAAUAGUAAUAAAUCAUGGAUUAUGAUUACAUGUCAUUUCAUAGAGAAAAAGAUGUUCAUAACAAAUGCUAUGGUGGAAGAUUAUGGUGUAUAAAAGAUAUAUGUGGAAUUAUAUGUGCAAUUUUAACAUGGUUAUUAAUAAUUUAUGCAGAGUUUGUAGUAAUGGCAGUUAUUCUUAUUCCUACAAUAAAUACCUUAUAUUCUAGCUUAAAUACUGCAAUAUUUCAAUCAUUGGCUUUUUUAGCAUUUGCAUCUCAUUUAAAGACAAUGUUUACAGAUCCUGGUGCUGUUCUAAAAGGAAAUGCUACAAAGGAAAUGAUAGAACAAAUGGGAUUUAGAGAUGGACAAGUCAUUUUUAAAUGUCCUAAAUGUUGUUCUAUUAAACCUGAUAGGGCACAUCAUUGUUCUGUUUGCCAAAGAUGUAUUAGAAAAAUGGACCAUCAUUGUCCAUGGGUUAAUAAUUGUGUUGGAGAAAAUAAUCAAAAAUAUUUUGUACUUUUUACUUUCUAUAUAGCAGGAAUGUCAUUGCAUUCUUUAUUCUUAUGUAUACAACAAUUUGCUACAUGUGUAAGACAGGAAUGGAAAGAAUGUUCUACAUUUAGUCCACCUGCAACAGUGGUAUUAUUACUUUUUUUGGCUUUUGAAGCCCUUCUAUUUGCCAUUUUUACAGUUGUAAUGUUAGGAACACAAUUACAAGCAAUUUGGAAUGAUGAAACUGGUAUUGAACAACUUAAAAAAGAAGAAGCCAGGUGGGUUCGUAAUAGUAGAUGGAAAUCUAUUCAAGCUGUAUUUGGAAGAUUUUCCAUUGCUUGGUUUUCGCCGUUUACUUCUCCUCCAAAAGGAAAAACAAAGCAAGAUUCUUAUUUAUAUUCCGUAUAAUAUGUAUUACGGUUUAUGGUUGAUUCCCAGGGAUAUUUAAUAUUUUUAAAUAUAAAAUAAUUAUGACGUAUCAUGUACAAGUGAAUAGAAUGUUUGUAAUCUUAUAUUGUUACCUAACGUUCUUAUUUUAUUGCGACCAUUUUUUAAAGAUACUUAUAACGUACUACAUUAUAUGUAGUACAUAUAUAUUAUAGUUAAAGUAAAUUUAUAAGCAUACGAUAUAGUAUGUUUCUUGUAAAGCUUUUUGUGCUAAAAUAUUGAAAUUAUUGUACUGCGGUAAUGACAACGCUAAGCUGAUUUUUAUCUAUGAUAAUAUCAACACUACUCGUAAACUGAAAUUUGUUUAUUGUAUUAAUAUACAAUUACAUGUUAUAUCAUAGAAAUUAAUAUAUAAUGAAACUAUGCGAAUAUUAUAUGUGAAUGAAUAUACGUACAUGACAUUAGUUUAUUCGCGAAUUUUAAAAAAUUCAAAAAAUUAAUGAAACUGAUUUUUUGCACUGUAUUAGAGAAUAUACAUAUAUAUUGCACAUUGUGAUAAUAGCGUAAUAUAUUUACGAACGAUUUAGUUUGUUUUUUUUUUUAAAUUUAAUAUAUUAAUUAUCAACUUACAAUGUUUCGAUCAAAUUUGGUGAUCUGUAACAGUAAUAACUGUUUAUAAGAUAUAUUUUUUUUUAAAUUUAAGCAUAUCAUAAUUAAUUACAUUUUCUUAUUCUUCAAUAUUGUAUUUCUACGACGAUACCUGAUUUUUUGUACACUUUGUACAAAUACACUUUUUUACAUUUACUAGUAUUGUUUUUGUUCGCCUUUACGAACAGUAAAAAAACUUUUCUUUUAUACUUUUUUAUAUUUAAUCUUUUCUAAACACUUUUAAACACUUGAUUUAUGCAAAAUAUAUUUAACAUUGGUGAAAUUCAAGAUUGUAUUUUCUAAUUUCGUUAGUUUCCGUUAUAAAUCUUAAAUGUGCUCUUGGUCUUCAGGGUGGGGGCGCUAGGUAGUUGCAAGGUCGUUAAAUGUGUAUAAAGAAAACGUCUUUCUAUACUGUUGUGUGCGAUUGCCGGAGUGGCUUUCACUUUUGCUACGACCACGUUCGGUAAGUUUUGAUCAUGAAAACUUGUAGUUUACUAAUCUUUUUAUGAUAAAGAAUUUUUUAUAAUAUAGUUAAUAUUUAGGCGACUUAAAUUCAAUGUAGAAUUGACGGGAUCGUUACAUCUUUUCCAUAACUAGCUUUAAUCGUUGAAUAAAAAUGAAAGUAAAAUUAGUAAUUAUGUUUAGUUUAAUUCAAGUAAUGAUGCGAAGUUUAUUGAAUUUAAUUAAGUUAUCUAUUUUAUAUAUAGAUAUGUAUCUACACUUCCAUUUUUUGUCUCGAUAACUGAAAAUU